UAGAGUCUCCCGUCCGGCCCCGUGGUUGACCACAGCGCCCACUUAGACCCAACAGUUCCCGGCGAACAAGAAUGAAACGGCGGCGCCAGCCAGCCAGAAGUAUGGUCGGUCAAACUUUCGGGACCAAUGGUAGGCCACGGUGUUCCCUGGACGGGAACUUGGCCGUGCACCGAGUCCACCUCUUUUUUUUAGCGGUCCCAAAAGAACUUCCAGCGACGCACUUAGAGACACCCACAAGCGUAAGCAUUGGAAGAGAGUCUGAAACGACGGCACGAUCAGAACGGGCGAAGUGGAACCGGUCAUAAAUUUGGUGAAACCAGACAAAAUCGUAUGCCUACCUGCGCAUCUUCCCUUGCCUGACGAGCAAGCUAUUCGUCACUCAUGACCCAACAUCCCCGCUCUUUGUCGCCCCGCUCCUUUUCGUACGCUUCCAGUGACGCCUUCGCCUACGUCACCUUCAUGGUUCCUUGCGCACUGCCUCCUUAUAUAUAAGUAGAAGCUAGCUCUUUCUCCUUUCGAUCAUAAGCAUACUAGCUAGCUUUCCUUUUGAUCAUACGUACAUGGGCUCUUGCUUCUCCUCCAGUACAACCACCGAUCGGGUUCAGUCUCCCAUGGUCAGAGUUAUAUGCACUGAUGGCUCUCUGAGGGAGUACUCCACUGCUGUUAAGGUUUACGAGGUCCUCGGCCAGCUCCACCCCUCCUGCUUUCUCUGCAGCUCCGACGAGCUCUACAUCGACGCCGACAUCCCGGCGUUGGGUUCGAACCAGUCGCUUGAGCUGGGUCAGCUGUAUUUCAUGCUCCCGGUCGCGAAGCUGGAGCACAGGCUGACGGGUCCGGAAAUGGCGGCGCUCGCGGUCAAGGCUAGCUUGGCGCUGGCGGCAGCGGAGGAGAGGGGAGGACACGGGCGGCGAAUGAUACAAGUUAUGCCGGUGGAGGUUGUGGGUGGAGUUUCUGAAGAAGAAGAAGAGAGGCUUGCGAGGCUGGAGAGAUUUGAUGGAUUCAGUCAUGGGAUUUCUGUAUCAAGAAAGAAGACGGGGAUUGGUGCUUCUCUACGGGUUAAAUUAGUGGGUCGGGCUAGUAGGAUGAGGCUUAGCACCAUAGAUGAGCUUGGUACAUGAAGUAGGCUCAUUAAAAUAGGUGUUCUUUUUUAAAAAAGAAAAUAGGGUUUUUUUUUUUUUUUUUGAGGUAUGGGUAUUUGCUUUCUGAUACCGAGUUUUGUUUUUCUUGUAUACAAAUUUUCAAUUUUGUGGAUGGGAGAGCUCCCA